UGUUUGCAGUGGGACACGUCUUGUUGGUCGAUUUUGCAACUAAAAGUGAAGUUUACUUAACAACCCUUAACAACCCUGUAACAGUCAUGAACCUUAAAGGAAUGGAGACAACAAUUCAGUACCAUUCGAUUCUUCUUCUGCUGCCAGCUUUGACACUUUUGCUUUUCGUGACUCUUGUAACUGCCGGAGAACCAACGUAUAGAGAUGGUCUCUUCGAACAAACCACAGCAUCAAAAUGCUUAAUUGAUCAGAAUAAAACUACAAAAACCGCGUCAUCUCGUUUAGAAUGUGCAAGUCUGUGUAUUUCACGCGAUGAGUGUGAAUAUUUUAGCUAUUGUAAUGGCCCGUGUUAUAUGCAUCGAUCGCUUUACAACGAAGAAAUUAAAGAUCAGGAUUGCACAUGUUCAUCGUAUAUUUUACUUUCCGGAAACAGUACAAGCUGGCAGAAAGUAUUUGAGAUGACCCCAAACUCAUUUAUGAAAAGCCCUAUUUAUUUGUACUGGGAAGACAUGCCUAUUGAAAAGGGUCUUCUACUUCCCACAGAUGCAACGAAACUUUUUACAAAGACUCCGAAAUCCCGACUCAUUAGUUAUUAA